AAAUGAGUUGUUCGGAGAUGCAAGGAUUGAAAAGGGUCAAAGGCAGCUGAUCUCAGUCGGCAGUGACAACUUCUCUUACCCUUUCCACCCAGGCCAGAGCAAAAUGACCAUACAGAUCCUUCCAUCUCAGAUGAUGAUGAUGAUGAUUAACUGCAGUUAUGUUCUGGUUUGUCACAAACCCGAAAAGCCAAGCUCUAGAUAAGGAUCCUUUGCUGAAUGUGGCUUUUAUUGGGUGAAUCCUUUUAAGGUGUGGGUGUGUGUGAAGACACCCCCUGCAUAGAUCUGUGUGCUUGCUUCCGGGUGAACCAAAUUUUUGAUUGGGCAAAACCUCAUGUGCGAUGUUGACAUCCGUUCAUCCGAAUGCCCUAAAUGAAUUGUGGCGCCACCAAAAACAAAGGCCCUGGGAGACCAGGCUUAGGACCCGGCGCUGUUUGCCCCUAUCCGUGUGACCAUGUGAGCAGCCAGCAUAUGGUAGGCCGACGUUGACACUGGUCUGGUAGAGUCAAAAUGGCCGCCAAGCGCUCCAUGGCAGCUAACCUGGGCCUCCAGUUCCAGGCUUCGCAAGGGCAGGGACUGCAGACGCAAAUAAAAAUGGAGGAGGAGGAGGAGGAGGAGGAGGAGGAGGAAGAAGAGGCGGACGGAGCAGCGAAAGGGCCUCGUGUCAUCCAGGCUGGGAGCCUGAGGGACAUUUUGGGAUGGCCAGGGCCGGAGCAGGUGAAACAAGAGCCUGACGAAGAGGUGCCUCAGUGCUGGGAAGCCCACGGUCAGGAGCACUUGAAGCUUGUCCAGUCGCCUCACUCUGGAUGGGGAAACCCCCAACAGCCGGAGGAGUUCAUGCUGAGGCGGCACAGGGCAAAAAGGCGGGAGCAGCAGGUGCCAGUCCUGUUUGAAGAGAUGGACGUCAACUCCCCCGAGGCAGAACAUUCCUUCCUGGACAGACGGCGGUACCUCCGCAGGGAGGCCAAGCAGGGGCUGGAGAGGGAAGCCAGUUUGCUUGUUGGUUCCAUCACACCGAUGCACAAUUUCCCGAAGAUGAGUCGUCGUGGUACCAACUGGUCGUAUGCUGAGGUGAUUGAUCUCCUGGAUAUUUGGGGGGAGCAAAGGAUCCAGCAGGUCCUUCAGAGCAGCCACCGGAACAUGGACACCUUCCAGGUCAUCGCUAAUGAGAUGGCCAAGAGGGGGCACGAACGGACAGCCCAGGAGUGCCGGACCAAGACCAAAACGAUGCGGCGAGACUACAAAAAGGUCAAAGAGAACAACUCGGCAGGGCAAGGGCCCAUCACAUGUCCCUUUUACGACCAGCUGGAUCGUAUUUUGGACUCCAGUGUGCCCCAGCCCCUGGGGAGGGUCCAAAAUCUUGGGCACCAGGAGGAGUCGGGUGGAGACGAUCGUCCCCUGUAUGCCCUAGAGGAGGGAGCCCCCCACGACGAAUCAGAGGACUAUCUCGAGACCCAGGAUUUCUUUGAUCCCUCCACCCAGUUUUCCAUUGAACUCGUUGACUCCAUGGAUUCCACGACUGUGGUGUGCAAAACGGAGAAUACCUUUGAGGAACCGAUAGGCACCCCUCAGCCAACCUUAGAAGCUGAGCACCUGCUUAAUCCCCUGCCACCUGCCCCACCAAGUAUCCCUGGCAGCCCGGCCACCACCGGCUCGACAGCAGACGUACUCGUCACCCCUUCCCACAGUCCGUUGCCCGGGCCUAUGGGCCUCUCAGCUGCCGAACGCCUCGCCAACCUCCGGAACCGGCAUAAGAAAACCAGGAACGAUUUGGCCAUGGACCUUGCGAGAGCGGCUGACCGGCGGAUGCAGACAGCCACCAACAGGAUCCUUUCAGCCCUCGAUGGUUACACCAAGGCAGACCUGGAGGACCGUGAGAAAGACCGUGAGGGCACUGCGCAGAUCAUCGCCAUCAUGCACCGCCAGACGGAACUCCUGGAGCUGCUUGUCCGGCAGCAGUCCUCUUCUGCCCCGCCGGCUGUGUCCGCAGCCCCCAUGCGGCACAGCUGGCCUCCACGGAUUGGGCAAUCAAGCCACCGGCCUGUGGGCCCUUCGUCCUCCCGCUUGGGUGUUCCCAGGAGGCCACUGACACCCAGAGCACGGAACAGGAGGAGGCCUCAGAACUACAGCCCUUGAUUCUUGGCUUUUGUGCUCUGAUAGCUUGCAGUGUAAGCUUUGCAGUGUAGUUGUUGUUAUUUGGUUAACCUCCUGGAGUUAUUUUCUCUCCCUCCUCCUUCUCCUUAGGGUUAGAGAAAGAGCAUUUUCAUUGUUGACAUCUACUAAAGAAAACCAAAGACUUCAUCAAAACAGCAGCUUGUUCUGUUCUUGCUGAAAGCUAGCAAAACCCAUAUUUCAACAAAUGAAAUAUGUUCUUUUUUAAUAAAGUCAUCUUCUGUCAA